AUGCCCAACGUGACGGCGGUGGCGGGCGAGGACGUCAGGCUGUGGUGCCCCGCCGGGGGGUUCCCGACGCCCUCCAUCACCUGGAGGAAGAACGGCCAGGUCAUUCCUACUUCUCUCAGACAAGAGGUGCUGGGCAACGGGACGCUCGUGCUACGGACGGCGACCAACAAGGACGUGGGGCGCUACUCGUGCGUGGUGACGGGUCGCCAGGGCCAGACCGCCUCCUCGCACACCUUCCUGCACGUCCUUACUUCUGCCGUGUGCUCUACAUACCUAUGGAAGUAUAUGGUCUUUCAUUGUAACAAAUCAGUUGGUGAUAGUACUUGGGUUAACUCUAUAACAAUAGAGAAGCAAUACCAAUGUACAUGUAUCAGGGGAAUAAACCCACACCAAGACAUUGCAGAUCUACUUAUGCGUCUUGCUAGAGGAAGAAACAGCAUGUAUGAGUACCAGAAAGAGCCUCCGGUGAUCGAGAAGUUCGGCUUCCGGGCGGACCUGGAGGAGGAGGCGCGGACGCAGCUCUCGUGCAUGGUCACGGACGGCGACCUGCCCUUCACCAUCAACUGGCUCAAGGACGGCCGCCACCUGCAGCACGACCCGGACGUGGAGAGCAAGCAGACCAGCGACUUCUCGACGGUGUUGGUGUUUAAGCGGCUGCACGAACGCCACUCCGGCGCCUACACCUGCGAGGCUGCCAACGCUGCGGCCGCGGUCAACCACACGGCCAUCCUCAGGGUCAAGCCUCGCGGGUGUAGCGCACGACAGGUGAACAGAAAAGGUAUGAAUGAGACUCGAUUGACCCUGACCUUCCGCCCCCCCUGCGGGGGGUGUGGGCCCGGCAGCGGCACCGCCCUCGUCGCAGAGGCCGUCGUCAUGGACUGCAGCGCCAGGGGCUUCCCGGAGCCUGUGAUCACCUGGAUGAAGGCGCCAGGCAAAGUGGCGCAGGACUUCCAGCCGGUGGUCCUCGACGGGGUCCGCACCUCGCAGGCCCCGAACGGAUCCCUGGUUCUCAUGUCCGCCAACACGGCCGACGCGGGCUGGUACAUGUGCCAGGCCACCAACGACGUGGGCCAGCCGCUGUCCAAGGUCGUGCAGCUCACCGUGCACGCUCCGGCACGCGUGGUGACGGAACGCGGCCGAGUGACGGGCCACGCGGGGCAGACGGUGUCCGUGACGUGCGAGGCGACGGGUGACGACCCCCUGGAGCUCACCUGGCUGCGGCACCACGUCCCCGUCUCGCCGUCGCACAGAACUCCAAAUCUUGAUACUCCAUUUAAUCAAAACUUUCAAAUCUUUAUACUCCAUUUCAUCAGAACUCCAUAUACUAAUACUCCUUUUUACCAGAACAAAUCCAUAUACAGAAUUCAACAUCCUGAUACUCCAUUUUUCAGAACUUCAAAACCUGACACUCCAUCUUAA